ACCUCGCCAUUCUUUGGAAGGGGCCAUCGAUGUCGUCCACUAUGCGGUCUUGUCAAAGUAGACUGCCAGGAUCUAUCUUCCGUUCACAUUAACGCAUAUCGCGAUCAGGUUGCGCUUGUCAAUCAAGAGCCUAUGAUGUUCCAGGGCACAAUACGCGAUAAUUUGUUGCUUGGGCUAGACAGAAGUAAAGUUUCGGAAGAGGAAUUGGAGAACGCUUGCAAAGACGCCAACAUUCUUCAUUUCAUUCGUUCACUCCCUCUCGGCCUUGACACAGAUUGUGGAGGGAAGGGAAACAAUUUCUCGGGCGGUCAGAAGCAGCGAUUGGCGAUUGCUCGGGCUCUAUUGAGGUGUCCUAAUCUUUUGUUGCUAGACGAAGUCACCUCCGCCCUCGAUUCAGAAUCGCAAGAAGUGGUUCAAGCUGCACUAGAUGAGGCAGCAAUGCAAUGCACAACUGUUGCGAUUGCUCACCGUUUAAGUGCUAUCCAAAAUGCUGAUCUUAUCUGCUAUCUAGAAGAUGGCUUAAUCGUUGAAGCAGGAACUCAUGCUGAGCUCAUUCGAAAAAGAGGGCGUUAUUUCACCAUGUCCAGUCUACAGAACUUGGAAGUUAGUUAG